AUGGCUGCGGGUCUGAUUACCAUCGCGCAUCGUUCGGGCGGCCCACUGCUGGACAUAAUCCAAAACUCUCCGGUGAGGACCGGCUUCCUGGCGGCCGAGCCCGAGGAGUACGCGCGAGCAGUGCUGGAGGUGCUGGCUCUACCCACGGACGAGAGGAGGAAAAUUGUUGAAGCCGCCAGAGAUUCGGUGGACCGUUUUUCAGAGAUUGAGUUUGAAAAAGCAUUCCUGAGGGCAGCGGAACCCCUCUUUAAUAUAAAUUAA